GGGGCCGCGGCAGCCCCAGUCCGCGUUCGAUCCCCGUCUGAGCCACACGCGUUAGAAAAAAAAUGACAUUCCAAUAAAAAAAAGUAAAAACAAAAUUUACACAAAGUGUCGCGAAGUAGAAGCAGCGUGAAAAAAAAACGGAAAAUGAAAGUGAAUUUAUGAAGAUCAGUGACCGCUUCAAUAUGUUAGCAAACAAUUUGAAAGUGAUUCUCAUAGUGGCUGCGUCGUAUGUUGUGGCUGAGCCAAGUCGCGCACUCACCCUGUACCAAAAACCCAGAACCUACCCUAUGUUCAUCCCUAAAACGCGACGAAAAUACUCACGCAUCCUAUUCCUAGACGAGGAAGAGAGCCAACAGCCGUUAGGUUUGGGAGAGAUAGACUUAACAAAGAAAUACGAUUCCAAAAUUAAGUUCGAUGAUACCUCGGAUUACGAAUUCACUUCGCCGGACGAAUUGAAAAUCGACGGCAACGAACGGUUUUACGAAUUACAAAGGUUGCGUUAUCCAAAGUUUUAUCAAGGCAGGUUCAGUCGGCCUUACGCGCCGAGCUUCAGUUUCGAUCCGUACCAAACGUACGCGCCUCCUAGAACCGGGUUCUAUGGUCCUAAUGUGAAUGGGUGGAAAGCGCGAAGCCCUCGCGUGGUGUUUCCGUACGCUCCGGACAGCGGGUCGAAUUCCGUAAACUCUGUAAAUUCCGUAAACACAGUGAAUUCCGUACAGACGAACUCACACGGUGGUCCGAAUUUCAAUGACAACGUUGUGUUUCGUGAUCAAACUCCCGCUAACGAUGUCGGCGCUGAGGAGCAAGGGCUACAGGACAUUUCUUCCGGUGCUGACGCUUUUUCCGAAAGAGAUGCCAACGACCUACAUCGAGCUCGAAACAAUAUCAAAAGACACGGACUUUAUGUAAAUAAAAGACACCAAUACCUAAAAAAGCCUAUGUUUAUCCAAACGGAGGCCUACAUCAAAAGAAACGCAUACGACUAUCCGAACGCGACACACGAAACAGUGUUACCAGAAUUUAAACCUAUAUCGGAUGCGCAGAUAAAAAAAAUCAACGAAAUAAUCAAAGAACUGAGUACAAAUAGACUGAAUAGUACAAAAGAUAAGAGGAAAGGAAGAGUAUUAGAUACAGUACAAAUAAGUGAAACGCCAAAGAUAGAACCUACAAAACUAUAUGAGAAUGAUAAGAAGGAUGAAGACAGCACUUGUUCGCAAGGCGGUACUUGCGAAUUCUUUUUCUACUGCUGGAUGGUUGGCGGGCUUUUAGACGGAAGUUGUGGAGGAUUGCUCAAGGGAUGCUGCCACAGAAUAGCCAAAGCCGGAUUACUGGGCGUGCAAGACACCAAUAGCAUAGAAUACUCACCAAACGAUGCCAUUAGUUAUGGCCCGGUUAUAAACGACGAAAGCUGUGGAGUGGCGGUGGGCAAGCAGACCGCCCAGCGGCGGAUAGUGGGCGGGGACGACGCGGGCUUCGGCACCUUCCCCUGGCAGGCCUACAUCAGGAUCGGCUCCUCCAGAUGCAAUAUGCUUAUGUCGAUUUUCGAGCUUAUCGGUUGGAAGCAGUGUUGGAUAGAGAGAUGUGGCGGCUCCCUCAUAUCCCGUCGCCACGUGGUGACGGCGGGACACUGCGUGGCGCGCGCGCAGCCUCGUCACGUUCGCGUCACGCUGGGCGACUACGUCAUCAACUCUGCUGCCGAGCCGCUGCCGGCAUAUACCUUCGGUGUCAGAACCAUCAAGGUGCACCCGCUGUUCAAAUUCACCCCGCAAGCUGAUCGCUUCGACGUAGCAGUGCUUACGCUAGACAGAAACGUGCAUUACAUGCCACACAUAGCACCAAUCUGUCUCCCGGAGCGGGGGUCAGACUUCCUGGGGCAGUACGGCUGGGCGGCCGGCUGGGGCGCGCUAAGCCCCGGCUCACGGCUGCGCCCACGCACCCUACAGGCCGUCGACGUGCCCGUACUAGACAACCGAGUGUGUGAGCGGUGGCAUCGAGCUAACGGCAUCAACGUCGUGAUAUACCCCGAGAUGUUAUGCGCGGGGUAUCGUGGUGGCGGCAAGGACAGCUGUCAAGGCGACAGCGGUGGACCCCUCAUGCUGGAGCGCGCUGGACGCUGGUACCUCAUAGGGGUCGUAUCAGCUGGAUACUCCUGUGCCAGCAGGGGUCAACCCGGGAUAUACCAUCGAGUAGCGCAUACGGUCGACUGGAUAUCACACGCCACUACGCUCUCAUAGCACUGAAACUACCAUUUUGGUAGAUAUUUUCCCUGAAUCUACCAUUUUGUUGAGCGUAAUCUCCCUAAAAAUUAUAUGUCAGGGAAUUUUGCCUACUACUUUGGUUUUCAGGUAACAUGAUAACAAGUUUACUUAACCACUAUUAUUUUCUUACACAUUACUUGUGUAGAUAUAUUUUUGUUACAUAUUCCAAUAGAAAACUGUGAUGUGACCAACAAAAUAAGACAUUGCCAUUGUAAAAAAUUGUAGUAAGUCUGUCAGGUAAGGGUAAAAGGGAAUUCUUAUGCUAAUGCUCUGGUGUGAUUAAAACAAUUUGCUGUAUAAUAUGUGCCCAAUAUAAAACAACUGUACCUAGAUUUUUUUUAAAUCAUAAAGUACAUAAAAUUAAAACCUUCUACUUCAUUAUAAAACAAGAAAAACAUGAUACAAAUACAUAUAAUUUUCCAGAAAAUUGAAAAUCACUACAUUUUAUAAUUUUUAUUUUAAAAACGAAUGUUAUAACCAUUUUUGUAGAAAAUGGAUGGAUCUGUUUUGAUAGACUUUUAAUUCGUUGCUUUCUUUGAUAUUUGUUUUCUUAAUCGGAAAAUUUAUCUAGAAAAAUAUAUAGAUUCGGAGCUUAAUUAUAUUUUUUCUUAAUUUAUAAUAAUAUGCUACAAACUGCCAUGUAAAAGCUUGUUUUUUUAGCAUUUUCAAAUAAAACAUUUUUAUCUUUAGCGUUCGGAAGUAGACAUUUUGUAAAUAAACAUUAAUUGUACAUAGAUUAUACAAACCCUUGGAAAGCCGUAUUAGUUAAUAACAUUGUCAGUUUACCAUAAUUAUUAGUAAUUUUGUAAAUAGAUAAAUAAUUGUAUUACUUAUCGUUAAUUGUAAUUAAUUAUUAUAACUUAAUUAAAUUGCUUUAAUAAAUUAUUCCACUUAGUGUGUAUUAUGAUUUAUGAAUAAUUCAAGUCUUAAGACUAAACAUUUCAACGUUCAUAUUAUUAAUUUAUUAGGAUUGAUUACCGAAAAUUGUCUUUUUUGCACUAUUUAAUUAUAUUAAGUUAAAUAAAUAUAUUUAUUGUUAAUUUAAA